UAUUUUUAAAACAUUAAUUUCCAAUAUAAAAAGAGAGAUCCAACAACUUAGCUAUGCUGCUCAAUUGAAGAGGGUUGCUUAGAAAUUUUGCAUCCGAUGAGGGCAAUCAGACUUCCUGAACCGCCUAGCGGUUCUAUUGGCAUGCCGGAGAUAUUUGAAGGCGGGAUUUACAGUGUUAUUAGGCGCGCGGUCAUAAUCGGAAAUGGUUUUGCUGGUUCGGAGAAUCAGAGUUUUGGAUUGGUUCGCGCGCUCGGGCUUUCAGAUAGGCAGUCGUUCUAUCGUGUUACAAGGCCAAGAGGAGGAAUUAAUGAGUGGCUUCUUUGGCUUCCAGUUUCUCUCCACAAAAAAUUAGACUAUAUCAUUAAGCGGAUUUGUGGUGAUUCACGGUUUCUAAUUGCUAGGGCAAGGAAACUGGUUCCCCUUGCUGCUGAAAAUGGUGGGAUUUCAGGCUUUUCAACUGUUCUAGAGGCUGAUGCAAAACAGAUAGCAACAAUUGCUCGUGAGUCUUUUGAGAAGGACGGCCCUUUGUUGGUGGUAGCUUCUGGCCAUGACACCAUAGCUCUAGCAAGCUCCAUAAAGCGAUUAGCACCAGAAAAUGUUUUCGUGGUCCAGAUACAACAUCCAAGGUUGCAUUUGAAUAGGUUCGAUCUGGUGAUCACCCCUCAGCAUGACUACUACCCAUUGACUCCUCAAGCACAAGAACAGAUUCCUCGGUUUCUUCGGAGGUGGAUAACUCCACGGGAACCUCCUGAUAGACAUGCUGUCCUCACUGUGGGAGCUCUACAUCAGGCUGAUUUUGCUGCACUCCGGAGUGCUGCUACUACUUGGCAUGAUGAGUUGGCACCUCUGCCAAAGCCCUUACUUGUUGUUAACGUCGGUGGGCCUAUGAGCCACUGUCGGUAUGGUGUGGACCUUGCCAGGCAAUUAACUUCUUCAAUACAGAAUGUGCUUGCAAGCUGUGGAAGCCUGAGAAUAUCUUUCUCUAGGAGGACUCCCCAGAAGGUCGCCAACAUUUUGAUUAAAGAACUCAGUAGUCAUCCUAAGGUUUACAUUUGGGAUGGUGAAGGGCCAAAUCCACAUAUGGGGCAUCUAGCAUGGGCAGAUGCCUUUGUCAUUACAGCAGAUUCAGUUAGUAUGUUGAGUGAGGCGUGCAGCACAGGGAAGCCUGUCUAUGUCAUUGGGGCAGAGCGAUGUAAUUGGAAGUUCUCAGACUUCCAGAAGUCUCUGAGGGAAAGAGGUGUGGUUCGGCCAUUCACCGGUAAAGAGGAUAUAUCUGAGAGCUGGAGCUACCCUCCUCUUAAUGAUACCGCAGAAGCAGCAAGUCGGGUUCGUGAAGCACUUGCUGAGCGUGGAUGGAGAUUGUAGGUGCAGAGAACCUUUUGAUUUAUCAGGUGUUGGCUCAAUUUUGAUUGGAUGGUACUCGAAAUUUUUUCAGUUAGGCACCAGAUUUUGGUUAAUAUGGUUUUGGUGCUUCAAAUUACCGGCGUUGAAAACCAGGGAUGUUUACUUCCAGCCUUUUCCGAGCCAAAGAAGUGAGUUUAUUUAAUCAUCUGAUCAGAGCAGCUUGGCUAUUUGUUCAUAUGAGUCACUUGUUGCUUACAUCUAAAAACUAUUCAUAAUUUUUUUUUUCUUCUUCAAUUUAUUUCGUCCACGGCGGAGUGUGGUGUCUUGAGAGUAGCAGAAUAAAAUGGCAGCAGAUGAAAUCCUUUCCAACUUGUAAAAUA